AUGGCGACUACCACGACGUCACUCUCGCUGCCUCGCGCGCGGUUACCAGCGCUGCAUCAACUCCCGCUAGACUCCAUCACGGUGUACGACACGGCCACCCACUGCUACCUGCUCGGCACGGACAGCCUGCAGAAGAACUUCCACCUGCUUUCCUGGCGCAAGCACAGCCCUGAGCAAACAACCAGCCACUACUCUUGCAGCAACAGUAGCGUCGCCGCGGCCUCCAGCAGUGAUGGACGCCUCAACACCACCGUGUCGGAGUCAGGGGUGGAGGAGGAACGUGCUGAGACAGGCUCCGCCACCACCUCCCCACAUGCCUUCCGCACUGCGCCUUUUGUCUUUGAUGAUUUGCAUGGCUUCACAACCUACGCCGUAUACUCCCCCACCGAAGCCGGCGCCCUAGUCGAUGCUCUGCAACGAGAGCACGGCGCGUCGCUGCGCAUUCUUUCUGCGGUUGCCUUCCUCGGUGCGGUGCGUUUCACUGCCGGCUACUACGUGGUGCUGGCGACGGAGCGACGUAUGGCAGGCUACAUUGGCGCGCAUCGACUCUUCGAGGUUGUGAACGUGGAACUAGUCUCGUUGCAGCUCGAUCCUGAAUGGGUGGCCGCAGCAGAGGCGCAGGCUCGACAACAGGUGCAGCGACUGCGGCGCGGCGGCUUCGAGGGGCGGUACUCGUCGCCUACCCCUUCACGUGCAACGGCGGGCGCCUCACCAUUUGCGUUUUUUUCCCGCUCCCGCCGAGGUGGUGCGCGCUACAGACGCAGAUUCUCCUCCGCUGCUGGGACAAGCGCCUCCGUGUCCGCCACUUCGUAUCUUUUUCAGCGCCGCAGUGUGGAGGAGUUGUACCGGCAGCGGUUUCUCAGCUCCCUCGCGCGCACCUCCUCCUUCUUUUACUCGCAUAGCUACGAUCUCACCAAUACGCUUCAGCGGAACAUGCUGGCAGCAGGGGCAGCAGCGUCCGACGGCGCCCAGGCGGCCACCCGUCUGGACAGCGGGCGGCGGCGCCACUUUGAGCGACAGUCAGACCGCGGCGCAGCGGCAGAUGUCGGAGUGGAGUCCUACCCGCGGAAUGGUCAGCUGCUGCAGCCAAGGAUGCAGUACGUGUGGAAUGAGUAUCUUUUGGAGCCGUGGCAGCUGAAUGAUCGCGACGCGGGAAGCGACGACACCGACAUCUGUGAUGACGCGGCGGUGAAUGUCGCAAGCGGUGACGCGCAGGCAGCUCCGCCUGUCAGUCGUGCAACACAGGAUGCGGCGCCGCAGUACCCGUCUGCGCUGUCGCGGUGGUGUAUCUUCCUCGUGCACGGCUACAUUACGCAGCGCGUUGUAGUGGUACGCCGGCCAAACUUUCAUACACUUCUUAUCACGCUCAUCGCGCGCGUCAGCAAGGCCUCGGCCGGCGUACGUUUCCUCCGGCGCGGCCUUAACAGCGACGGGCACGUUGCAAACCAUGUCGAGGUGGAGCAAAUCAUCAGCGACGAGUCUUCGUGGAACUCGACCUUUACUGUCGGUACCCUCACCUCCUACGUUCAGCUGCGUGGGUCGGUGCCGGUGCGGUGGUAUCACCCCCCGACGGCGUCGCGCCUGCUCCCGAAGCCGCCGAUUGUGCUGGGUCCGCACGACUCGCAAUGGAGCGAAACAUGUCUCCACUUUCAGCACCUCCUGGCGCAGUACGGCCCCCCCAUCCUCGUGCACGAUCUUCUCAAGAGCAAAGAGAGCAACGCGCGGGAGAGCGUUCUCGGCGACGCGUACCGCGCUGCAGUACGUGCCCUGGUCGCUGCCGUGGACCGUUGUGCGACCUCUGCGAAGGCUGCGGCGGCCAGCCAUGACCACGCAAAAGGCGGGGACGCGUGUGAACUGCGCGUCACUGGCGCUGACAUUCUCCAGUACGAGUCCACUGAUCUCCGCAGCCUUAGCCAGCUCGCGUGGAACACAAUGACUUCUGUGGCACUGCAGCACUUCAGCGCGGUCCGCUGCUUUGUCAGCAGGCGAUGCGGCCGUGUCGCCACCCCAGAACAGCACGCACAGUGGGCUGCCAACCUCGAUCACGGGGACUUGCUCACGGAGAGUGACACCAACGAGGUCGCCGGUGCACACGACGGACGGGGAAGCGGCGACAGCGAAGCUGCUGAGGCCGUGCAGCUGCAAUGUGGUGUGGUCCGCAGCAACUGUCUCGACUGUAUUGAUCGCACGAACCUUGGACAGCUUUUUCAUGGCCUCCACGCACUGGGGGAGCAGCUCUCUGCGCUAGGUCUGUUGCGGCACGCAGCGGACGUGUGUGACUCGCCAGCGGUAACGGAGAUGCUGCUCGAGAUGUACCUGGCCAUGGGCGACGCCAUUGCCACCCAGUACGGCGGCUCCGCCCAGGUUGGCGCCGGCGUGCUGCACCGCGGCGCAGGUUGGGAUCAGCUGAUGGGGGUGAAGCGCCUCUACCACAAUGUAAUGGGUGACCGUGACAAGCAGGAGGCAAUGAAUCUGCUGCUCGGCCGCAAACAGCCGCAACCCCGCCGAGGCUCACACGCCUGCAACUCCGAGAUGCACAGUCCUGGCCAGAUAGUCGCGCCGUCACUGAGCACCAUCGUCACGCCUGCAUCGUCAGAAGUGACAGCAAUGUUGUCUGGGGAGGGCUGCGGCUUGCCGGCGAGCGAGGAUGCCGUGGCGCCGCCAGCAUCUUUCUUCUCUGAAAUUCGCCAGGUGGCCUCGCGGUGGUGGAACGAAGCGACCUCGUCGGUGUCGUCGUCUUACGGAGCUGCCGCCGCGCUACGUGCUGCCCAGCACGCUGCCGCGGAAGCGGAGGCAGAGGCAGACUACUACGAGCAAGUCUCCAGCGCCCCACGGCUGCCUCUGGCCGGGCUACUGGCCUCGUGGUGGGUGCAGCCGCUGCGCCGCUUCGACGAGUGGUAUGCCGCGUGUGGUGCGAGUGCACGGCAGCGCGCUGCGAGGAAUGACAGAACGGCAGACGUUCCCAGCGAGACGCCUCUGGGGAACGUCGUCGCGCAGAGAGUGCCGCACAGCGCCUUUGAUCGCUCGGAUUCGUCCUCCUCUCUGGCAUCCACACUUGCCCCCUCGAUGAGCUUCCGCAUAAACGUGCCGACGCACGCAGCCGUGUCCUCUCCCGACGCCUACGGCGGAGACGAGCUUGCGCUCCGCCUUCUAGCCGUCGAGACGCAGGAGCAGGAGCGCUGGCAACUCUACAUUGCCAACGUGGAGCGACAAGCUUGCCUCGCCCCAGCGCGGCGCGACGCUGCCACGCAGCUGUACAACGACAGACGUAGGAAGGUGUCGUGUGACGGAGGGAACAACGAUGCCGUCGCGGCACCGCCCCUGUCUUCGCGUUUCUCUCCAGUCUCAGCGAGCACCCCCACUAGCGACGCCUCGACGUUGCCACACAUGAUGCAGCGGUCCUCCGUAAGCAGUGCCGUGCUGCAGGGAUCGAUGUCCACAAUGGGGCUCGACGAUGUCGGCGAGGCGGUGAUAAUGAGCAGUGCCACGUCGACCUUGAGUACAGCGGCCGCUGCUGGAGACAUGGAGGCGGGUGCCAUGUUACGUGCAGGACCCGCAACUGUGGCAGCAGCAGAAUUCGUGCCUCUGCCCUUAUCAGCACGUUUGCUGACAGUUCCGCUGUGCCUCUUCACCGAGCCGUGGACUGUUCUCCGCACAACGAUGCACACUCUGCCCGUCGAGAGCGUCGCCGCUGCAGAGCGCCGGUCGACCGGUGGAUCACUCAUCUCUGCUACUGCUUUGUGCUCUGGGGGCUUGGGCGGAUCGAAUAGGAAGCGUGCCGCGAUUUACGACAUCAGCGAUGCAUCGUACCUAGAACCGUUGUACAGCAUCGGGCAAGCCGCUGCGCGCCAGCUCUUUGGCGACCUUCAACCUGCCGUUGCCGUCCUCGCCGCCAAGUCUUCGCGGCAGCUUCUGGUGGAGCAACAUCAGCCCUGGCGGUCGCCGCAGGAGGUUCAUCAGCACGGCGCCUUCCCGCGUAUUGUGCAGAACAGCGCGUUCGCGCUGCAGGAUGCGGAUCUCGAGCAGCUGGUGUACCGGGAGGUACUGUGGAUAGUAGAAGGUGUUGACAUGGCGGCAGCUGAGCGGCGCGGCGCUUCAGCGGAGUGGCUGAAGAAGCCUGCAUCGCAUGUGUCGAUGGUGCCGCCGAGAUCGUCGUGGACUCUCUCCCCUCACGAAGUAGUGGACCGGCAGUUCAUGGCGGCGUUGCUCGUGGAUUUGUUCGGUUCGCCAGCAACAUGGGGGCUAGAGGACAUAAUACGAGUGGUGCAACGCCUCGUCUACCCCGCGCGCUUGCCGAUGGAAGUUUUGCAGGCACUGCGAAGCAGUCGUGUACAGCCGCCACUCGAAGGCGCAGAGCUUCUGUUCACUGGUGCGCCUGCAGGGGUAGAGGAAGAUGUGGAAGAGCGAGAGCAACGCGUGGACACGGAAGUGAGGCAGUACUGGCAUGAGCGACUUGUCGCACCAAUCAAACAAACAGGCCCACUCCUCGCCCGUGGCACCGCCGUUCCCGCCCUCGCGCAGGCCUCCACACUCACGCCGCCACAGUGGGGCUCCGGGGGCAGAGGCACUCCCCUCAGGUGGACAUCACCCAUACACGUCCCUCUGCCGUCCCCGUCGCUGUCGUCCCAGCGGGUCGAGAACGGCGGCACAGACGGCCCAGUGCAAGCGGCAGUGGCGCUUCUCUGUCGUCUCGCGAGUGUCCUACGCUUUGCAGCGCACGACAGCACGGCGAGAAGAGCGUCGGUGAAUGGUAUGGGCAGUGGGACGCUCAUGAUAGCUCGCGGCAAUGGCGUAUUCACGGCAACACCCACGGCAGCUCGCUGGUGUUACGAGACGUGGAGGAGUGAAAGCCGUGGCGGCGCUGGCAUGGAUGUUCUUGUUGCGUCUGCUGACGAGGCUGACGCUGCGCAGGACAAGGCGCACGCGUCUGUCCGCCAUGUGGAAGAAGCGCUUCUCCCCCUACUGGAAGUGUGCCCCGAGUCUGGCGCGUCUACAUCUGCGUACCUCCCAGGCCUCUUUCCCGAGCAUGAGGCCCUCUCUGACUCGCUGCGUCGGCAGUGGCUCCUGUGCUCUCUCCUGCAGAACAUCUUCCCCCGCUGCACGCUGACGCCACCAACGAUGCAUAACCUGCUUCAUGACUUCUUUAGUGAGCUGCUCCUUGUCGAUGCUGCUGCCUCAGCUCCUGCCGACGAGGUGAAGAAGUGCAAUCAGCAGCAGCAACAGCGUCGGCGCCGUGAGUACCACGUCCGCUACACCUUUGUGCUCUCCCAUCAGCACUGGCAGCUGCAGCAACAGCAAGAACAGCGGCAAGGGUCCAGCCUACACCUCUCGGGCGAUGGUGCGGUGGAUGACGCUGGAGGUGGCCGUGGUGGAGGGUUCCCGCAGAAGCUCGUUAUGGACAGCUCUUCGUCACUGUCGUCCUCCUCACCGCAAGGGCCGUCAAAUACUCACAGAGCCUCCUCGUCCUUCACCUCAGCUGCGGCCUCGCGAACGCUGAACAUUCCGGCCACGCUGAAGGUGCGGUACUGCUGUUCUGCCUUGGACCUCUACCGCUGGUCUGUGGUGCACUGCCCACUCUUCGCGAUGCCUCCUGCGCGCGAGCAGAGUUGUGCAUCCUUUGUCUCCAGAAACGGUAGUCACGCGAACAGGAGCACCGCAGCGGCUGCGUGGCACCUGCUCUGGUGGGCAGUGGACAACAACUUCGUCGUCCCUGUGGUGCGCCGUCGCGGACAGAGGACGCUCGAAAUGCUGGCAGAUGAGACAACGCUGUUCUGCGUGAAGCGUGACCUUGCACGCGUCGCGCUGAACAUUGAGCGCCGCUGUCGCAGCGACGUCUGGCGACCGCAGCAACCAGAGGUGCGGACCAGCUCUGAGAAAGAGGUGCCUGGUCCAAGCGCCAUCUACGGUGUCAACCUCCCCUCGUCAAUUCUGCAGCUGCACCGGCCCCUUCGCCGCAGCGCCAUCGUGGACAUAUUGGCGUUGAGUGAAAAUUUGGCGAGUCUCGGGUUGCGUGCUGCGACGCAGGUGCAGGAGUUCUUCCGCGAUCGAAACGUGCACGGUUGGUCACGGCAGCCCCUCGGCGCCAGCAGUGGCGCUGCGGUCGCUCUCUUCGGCGGCAGCGUUACUGGCACAACAGCAGUGGUAGACUCCCCCUUGCCCAACGUCAGCAGUGGCUCCAGUGCUGUCACGGCAGCGACCGUUGUUUGCCGGUUUCACCGACUCGCCGAGGAAUGCUUGCAGAGCGUGCAGAGUGUCAUGGUGGCGCUUCAGCACGUGUCUCUGGAAGUCUUUGCAAGGGAUGCAGCCAUGCACAGCUACAUUGGCUUCUUUGUGAACGUGUACAACGCCGCCUACGUAGUGGCAUGGCUCACCAACGUAAAGGAACUGGUGAGUAACGGCGCCGCCGCGGCAGCAGUCGACACGAAUCUACCGAGCAGGAACAGCCACCACCAACAUCAGGGUGUUCGUCGCGCGCCAGCACCACGCACCAUUGACCUCCUCCCUCUUCCCACCUUGUGCAACACGAACUGCGCCUGCUUCAUGCACGUCUAUGGCGUCGUCGUUGGCGGAGUGUUUUUGAGUCUCGAAGCGAUGAAGUACGGCAUCCUGGGCGGAAACCGAGCUCCGCCCCACUGUGACCUGCCCCUGUGGCCCCCCGUUGGCGGCAACGGUGCCAGUCAGUGUUGCCCCUCUAACAACCAGCACUCAAGCGAGCUGGACUGGCGACAGAAGGUGCAACGACUCGUACCGCUGCACCUACGCGCCGACGUCUCUGAGGCAGCGCGGCUUAAUUCCCUUCAGCGCCAUCCGCACCUGCAAGAAGCGCUAGACUUCACCGACAUGCACGAGGCGCUCACCGCGUCCACACAACAGGCAGACGAUGCGUGCGUUGAUGAGGACGGGCCACACGCAGAGCCAACCAAGAGAAGGUCCUCCUCGCGCGAAUGGGGUGUCGUGCGGGACCAAAGUAGCAGCUCUAGUGCCCCCUGCGUGUCGCAAUCCUUGCCGGCUUCCUCCAUCGACGUCGCAGCGGCCGCCGCAGCGACAGCGGAUUCGGCUCAGCGAGGCGCACGAGUGUCGCCACCUCGGUGGUCACCACUCCCGCGGAGCACUUCAUUACUGCAAGAACAGCAAGGCCAAAGUAACGCUGGACUGCAACGGCGCCGACGCCGCGAGCUGGUUGAUGUGUGGAGCGUCGAUGUCGUGCGUUUCUUACCGUUCCGCAUUGUGCUCCAGCUCAUCGAUACCUAUCUACCACCGCCGGUGCUUCACCUGUGCGCCGGUAGCGUCGAAGCGGAGGGAAGGGAGAGUUUUAUGGAUGUCAUCGGCGGCGGUGAUGGCAGCAGUGCAGCGGGCAACAGUAGCAACAGCCCCGCUGGAGACCUUCGUCACUCCGUCCCCCUCGAUGGCAGAGACCACGUACCGUGGUACCUGCUGCCGAUCCUCAACACCACCCCACUGGUGCAAACCACCUUGCAGAGCUCCAAGCUCGGCGCCGCCUACGCUGUUGCCCGGGACGGCGACGGACCAGCGGCCGGCACGUUGACGCCUCAGGUCAGUCAAGACGCGAACGGUGUGCUGCUGCAGCCGUGCCGCAUGUGGAGCAGCGCCUCCUACUAUGUCGUGGGUGGCGACGGCACGAGUAGUGAUGAAGCGGUGAGCCACUCCUUCCAGCUACUCCAAGCGCUGGCUGGCUCCUACCUUGGCUCUGGCCUCUACUACCCCAUCCACCGUGCCACCACAGGUGGCAGCGCAGGGGAUGCUGCGCCACGUGCUCCGGCGCAGCACCUGUGUCUUCCCCUUCACGCGGACGAAGCCCUUGCACAGCUACGCGCCACGGAGGCGGCCUUCCGCAGUGCCUUUUUCAGCACCGACCCGCAUCUUUUCUGCGGCGCCGCAGCCUCACCGCCAUCCGCUAAGCCGCCCCCUACACUGGCAGCGAUGACGUUGCAGCGCCUGUCUCAGUCGUCGUCAUCUUUGCCAACUGCCUCGUUGCAGCCCCCUCAUCUGCGCGGUGGCAGCGGAGCCGCCGGCAUGCCAACGAGCACGGCUAGCCCCGGCGCUAGAAUAAUCUUUGGCGGCCCUGGCAGCACCACCACCUCCUGCUCUGCCACCCUACAGAACGCCAUGAAGCCUGUCUUGCACGAGUGGUGUCGGUCGAUCGAAGAGGAGGUGAGCAGCACCACCCUUCUCUCCCGACCUGGGUGGCAGUUACAGGUAACGCUCAAGAUGGUGCGGCUUCUCGAGGAGUCAUACGCGUCUGGCAAGGCAGUGCAAGCAGCACAAGCAGCGAUGCGGUCCGGCUAG